GGCGUACUGGUCGAGUGUGACCCAUCGAUCAAGUCCAUCAUCAUCGCCAUCGAUGCUGAGCGUAACGAGUACAUCAUCGAGGAUCUCGACGAGUCCCAUCUCGUCAUACAGGAGCGCAUGGUCCCCCAACUCAAGAAGAAGCUAGAGGAGGUACGUCAAGCCCUGCCAUCC